AUGGCGGCAUCCGAAACGAAUCGUUUGUCGUGCACAUCUCUUUUGCUAACGGGUGUACGAAACUCAGGAAAAUCAUGUUUGGCAGCUCUUAUAGCUAAAAAUUCUGAUAUUCCGAAUAUCCAUGUAUACUCGCCGGAUGACUUCCUCCACAUGGACGAAGCAGCAAAAGUGGCGAAGUUGCAUGAAAUUUUCAAAGAACUCAGUCAAUUCCCCCUUGAUCUAUUACUCAAAACUGGCAAAAUUCUGGAUCAGAGCAGCAAUCGUUUGAUUGUGAUAGCUACAGUAACCUCAAAAUGCGCGGAAAACCUGGAUCUCCGUGAUUAUUUCACCCGCACUAUCGAGGUACCUGUGCUGACCGAGGUGGCACAUCUGAUGGCCGUUAUCGAGGAUUCGAAUCUAUUCGAUAAGCAGCAGUGCCAAGCGUUGGCAAAUCGACUGGAGAAGGAAUCAAAAAAAUAUUCAAUUGGCAUCAAAGAGCUGCUGACUGAUAUUGAACUGACCAAAUAUUUUCCCAGCGAUCUUCGAUUGCUCACUUUGCUCCGACAAAUAUGCUAUUGGAAGCAUUAA